AGAAUCAAUUUCAGCCAGCAAGUCAAAACGUCAAAUAUGAACUUAAUGGCUUCGCGUUUAAAGCUGGAACUGCCAACUUCAGAAUCUGCCUUCUCCCAGCUUAUCGGAUGUUGUUUUUAGUUUUUGCGGUGCUAAUUCUCCCCAACAAAGAGCGACCCAACCAAAGUCAUGGGUAGAAAGAGCACUAGCGGAGAUCGCAGCUAUGUUGGGGGUUUCUUCUAUGCAACUCUGCUUCUUUGGUUAGGCUCUGUUUGGUAUUACAUACUAUUCAACGAUCGCCUGGACCUUCUCUUUAUCAUCGCCGGUUCUCUCUUCUACCAAGCAGCUAAUUGGGUCAUACGAGUCGUCUUCUCUCGAGACCCUCUUUUCGUUAACACCUCCGUCUCUCUUCUCCAUUCCACCGCCACGACGGCUUCAGUGAUGUUUAUAUUGUUUAGGCAGUGGUCAAAGAAUGGGUUAAAUGGAAUGUUUGAGCAUUCACAAUUGGUUGAAGGCACAUGGCCAUGGGCUUACGAAGCAUUGUGUUUGUCAUGUGGUUACUUUGCAUAUGAUCAGUGGGAUAUGCUUCGCUACCACUUAUAUAGUGGUUGGAUCCCUUCCAUUCUGGUACAUCAUCUGGUUCUCCUUCUCUGCUUUACACUUGCCCUUUAUCGCAAUGUCACCAUCAACUACCUUAUUCUCACCCUUAUCUGCGAGCUGCAUUCCAUCUUUCUGCAUUUGAGGAAAGUGAGGCGGAUGGCUGGUUUUCGGGAUGUGAAAAGCAAAUAUGUUGAGCUGGAAUGGUUUCUUAAUUGGGGAACCUUCUUUGUGGCGAGGCUUGCACCUCACAUUCUGAUCACAGCCAAGCUGAUAAAAGAUGCUCACAAAUUUGGAAGGGGCGUGGAGCUACCAUUGGCUCUGUUUGGCAUGGCUGGCAUGAAUUUGCUGAAUAUUGGUCUUGGUAUUGAUCUUUUCAAUGCUUUCAAAAGAGAGAGAAAGUCGCAGGGGACUAAUCGGUGUGAAUGAGAGUGAAGCUGGGGACAGAUAAUACCGUCUAAUUUGGAGCAUUUGCCAUUUGUUUUGUUUGUAUUAGAAUAACCUCACCGGAAAAAAAAAAUCAUAGCAAAUGAAGCCGUAUUUGUCAAGAGAAAUUAAUUUCUUCUGCCCAUGUCAUUCAUUGCCAACGUUUGGUGCAAUGCAGUGUCAUACCAUCUGACUUUCCAAAAUUAAAUAGGUCCCACCGGGAGUCGAACCCAGGUCGCUGGAUUCAAAGUCCAGAGUGCUAACCACUACACCAUGGAACCGAUUUGCUUCCUCUUUCAGUAGAUUUUUCAAAAUAUUAUUUUCGUCCAAGUGGAUGUAUAAUGAUCAUCAAAUCUCAUUGAUUUGCAUGUAACUGCCAAGAAAUGUGCACGCAAGUGAAUGGCACAGGUGCGUGCCUGUUUCUUUUGUGUGGAUACUCAUUAUAUGUUGACCCAAAAGAAUGCAUAAACAAGUUCACUUAAAGAGGUCCA